AUGUUACUACAAAUUCAACACCAUGGACAUAAUUUUUAUCAACAAGUGGCUGCUGGAAAUAUAAAUUUUCAAUUAAUAUUUGAUAAUUUUCAAUGGCUAAACAAUUUUUAUAUGGAAAAUAAUAAUUUAUUAAAUCACAUUAAUGCACUAAAUGCAGAAUUACAAGCAAUAAUGAACCAAUUAGAUCAAGGAAAUGAUGACCAUCAACAAAAUCAAAAUAAUAAUCAAGGCAAAAAAUAAU